AUGGAUAAUGACGACGCUCCCCCUGAGCUUGUGGAUGUCUCCCAGCCCCCAGAGUCUGAGCUUCAAUCCUUGUCUCUGGAAGAGCCUCCGCAGCAACGCGUGCCUAUCACGCUGGUGACGGGUUACUUGGGUGCCGGUAAAACCACACUGCUCAACUACAUUCUCACUGAGAAACAUGGCAAGAAAAUCGCUGUGAUCAUGAACGGUAUAAAAUUUGGGGACUCAACGGACAUCGAGAAACCUAUGACCGUCAACCAAGACGGCCAGGAAGUCACCGAAUGGCUGGAAGUCGGCAACGGCUGCAUUUGCUGCUCAGUCAAAGACUCCGGCGUCAUGGCCAUCGAAUCCUUAAUGGAACGCCGCGGCACAUUCGACUACAUCCUGCUCGAAACAACUGGCCUCGCAGACCCAGGGAACAUCGCCCCGAUCUUCUGGGUAGACGACAACCUCGGCAGCUCGAUCUAUCUUGACGGGAUCGUCACGCUCGUCGACGCCAAAAACAUCCUCCACCUGCUUGACGAGCCUACGCCAGAGGAAACCGUUCCCGUGGAUGACCACAAAGAUGAUCACCAUGAUCACGAGCAUUCUGGACCGGUCCUGUCUAUGGCACAUAUGCAGAUCUCCCACGCGGAUGUGAUCAUUCUUAACAAGACGGAUCUUGUUAUGCCGGAAGAACUCGAGCGCGUCCGGGAUCGCGUGACAGCCAUCAACAGUGCCGCGAAGAUCCAUGUUACGGAUCACAGCCGCACGCCUCAGAUUGAGGGGGUUGUGUUAGAUCUUCAUGCGUACGACCAUCUCGAUAGUCUUGAUUUCAGCCAGAAGGGGCAUAGCCAUAUCGAUCCGUCCAUCUCAACAAUAGCCCUAACGCACCCACCCCUACAGCCCUCCAAGGUCUCCCUCGUAGACGCCUGGCUGCGCUCCGUCCUCUGGGAUUUCACACGUCCGUCCAGUUCUGAACCGGAAUCUCACAAACUCAGCUUCGACAUCCACCGGCUGAAAGGUAUCCUCGCUUUCUCGGACGGGUCAAGUAAAAUCAUUCAGGCUGUGCGCGAGGUCUUUGAGAUCCGCGACGAGGUCGCCUCCAGCUCGGAUGAAAACCAGUCGAAAUCACAAUGUAAGAUUGUUUUGAUUGGACGGGGCUUAGGCGACGUUGGGCCCUGGCAGAGGAGUUUCGAGGAGUUUUUGGCGAAGGGUGAAUGA